UCCCAGUUGAAGCAAUCUUAACAAAGGCAAAUCCGUUUUACCACUCUCUCUCUCCUCCUGAUAGUACUGAGAGGAAAAAUGGCUGCCGGUUCACCCUGUGCUUCUUGCAAAUUGUUACGGAGACGGUGUGCCAAGAACUGCAUCUUUGCUCCCUACUUCCCUUCUGAUGAUCCCCACAAGUUUGCUAUGGUUCACAAGGUCUUUGGUGCUAGCAAUGUCAGCAAGAUGUUGCAGGAGCUUCCUGUUCAUCAGAGAGCCGAUGCUGUGAGUAGUCUAGUUUAUGAGGCAAAUGCGAGGAUGAGAGACCCGGUUUAUGGCUGUGUGGGGGUGAUAUCAUUCCUCCAAAACCAAGUGUCUCACCUACAGAUGCAGCUUGCAAUGGCUCAAGCAGAGGUUUUAUGCAUUCAGAUGCAGCAAGAGUCUUCCAUGGCUAAUCAACAGAUGCACACUGAUGACAAGUCUUUCCUUUUGCACAAUAGCAUUAAUACCAUGCCCCAAUUCAUGAACUUUGCAUCUGGAAGUGUAGUUCAAGGGCCUUUCAAGAUCGAGUCUCUUUAGAUAUAGCCAUGUUUCUCUCCCCCCACUUUUUUUAUUUUAGAGAAAAACAUGAUCUCUCCCUUUUGUUGUAAUGCAGUGUUUUGUUUUGUUUGGUCUUUUUUUUUUUUGAGGUGCAUGUAAUGGACUUGUAAAAUGAUGUUCAGUAAAGUAAUUAUUUUU